CAGACCUAUGGGUACAGAGUUACUUUUUUUUAUAUGAAAUAUACUUUUUUGCUAUCGCCACGGUAGAGCAACAAAAACCAUGUAGGAAAAAAAUUUUUUGCUAUCUGGCUUCUAGGAGCCGGCUGGAAAGGGUUAACAGCAUGCAUAUUUUAGAAUGCCUAUUGAACUGAUUAUCAAGAUAGUUCUAAUAACUGUAUGGGCCAAUGGAAGAUUUAGCUUAUCAUGAGACAGUUUUAAUUUUCUUUCAAUAAACUUCCAUCAUCGAGUGUUCGUUUUGCUUGAAACAGCGAACACAAUCGCUAGUUGUUUAUUGAUCAUGUAUAUUAAAACAAAUAAGUUAUAUUUUCACUUACCAAUAGAACUUUCACAAUUUUGUUUAGGUUCAAAAAAAGAUUGUUUUACGUAUGGAUUUGAUAUCGUCGAGGAUGAUAUUCAAUUAAACAUGUACGGUUGGAGUAAUCCUCCAAGCCUGCGAGAACAAUCUGAAGAAGCUGCUAAAGUUAUCCAUAACAGUACUUCAUCAUCAUCACUUCAACGAACAGUGUCAUCGUCAUCAAGUUGUUCCAAUACAUUAUCAUCAAAACAAAAGAAAAGAAAAUUAGAUCAUAAAAAUACUAACAUUGAUGAAUUAGUAGUUGUUGAUGAUGCAUCUAUGCCACCACCUUCAACAUCGUUAAUGAUUUCUUCAGCUCAAACAAGUAAUUCUGCUACGGCAGAUGUUGUUCCUGAUGUACCAUCAACUUCAAAUAAUCAAUCAUCAUCAUCGGCUUCAAAUUCUACAUUGAACACAACAAAUAUGACAACGUCAUCAAUUGAUACCAAUAGUUUAUUGGAAGAGAUCAAAUCAUUACGAGAAAAAGUGUUAUCGUUGCAAAAUGAAUUACUCUAUCAACGUCAAUCGUCAAUGCCUCUACCAAGUGAAGAAACUUACAAUUAUUUCAAGUCUUCAUGUGUAAUGUAUGAGCAAAUAAAAAGUGAAAAUAACAAGCAAUCUGCUGAAUUAGGAAAAAAGCUACCAUGUACGAAUAUUGAAUUGAAGUUAGCAAAAAGCUCAAAUCCAUCAGCUACCAUUAAUAAUUUAAUUAAAUGCUGUUUAAAAAAUAUUGAUUUGAAAACUAUGUCUUACGACAAAUUAAAAAAAGGCAAUGCUGAAUUAUUAGAACGAAUUCUUCAAUAUGUCAGACUUAUUCAUGCUCCAACGGACAUUCCACAGGCAAAAUUUUCUUCAGUCAUUUCACUCAAGUGCCGGCAUAUUCGUUCAAAUGCAAAACAUGGAAAAAGCGUUUCAACAACAACAAAAGAGAAACAAAAACAAAAGAGAAAUGAAAUGCAUGACAGUAAUAACCAUGAAGGUCAAAAAAGACAAGUUGUUGAAGCGACAAACAAAAUAUCAAUUAAAGAUAUGGAUGAAGAAAAAGAAAAUGAAGAUGAGAUUAUCUAA